AUGCAUCCAAUUGCCGAUCCACCUGCAUCUUCAUCCCCCUCUACCUCAUCAAAUCAUUCAACAACUCGAACCACAACAUUGUUACAUUUCGCCGAACACUCUACUUCUGCAUUAGAAGCACAUUAUUCUCAAAACUUGCAUCCAAGAUUAAAUGACAUCUAUCCUUCUAGGUCUCAAGAUCAAAGCUCAUUUCCGGUUAGUCGUUUAACGAUUCCUUCCACUCUAACUUAUCCUUCUAGCAAUGUAGAAAAUGUCAUCACAUCGAUGAGUAAUAUGGAAGUCAUGAAUCAAUCAGCUAUUGUAAAACCAGCACUUCGUACUAAGUCAUCUACUAAUAAGCCUACUCCUGCCUCAAAAACUGCUCUAACUUCUUCUACAACACAUCCUCAAACCACUCAACGCGAAUCUUCUCGUUUACUAACCGAAGAAAUCAAAGGCACUGUUCGAGAAGAAGUUGAAAAAAUAGCCAAUGGUUUGAUUAAAGAAGAAUUGGAGAAAGAAAUAGAGGGUAAAAUCGGUAGUAAGAAGAUCAGCACGUCGAGACGUUCCAGGGUAUAUAAAAAAGUCAGCAGCGAAGUUAGAAAACAAAUACAAGAAACUAUAGAUAAAAUUGUCGAAGAACAAUUAAACACCACUUCUUCCGACGAUCAACCUGAUGACAGGGUUAGCGAUGAAAUCGCAGCUAAGCUUGUAGAAGCUGUUCGGUCAUUAUUGAAUCGGAAUAUGGAGAAAGCUAUCGCUGAUGAAAUUAUAGAACAAAGUUCGUACUCGAUUACUUUUCAAGUAAUCUGGUUAGGUACUAAAGUUAUGAAAAUUCCUAGUGCUUUUGGAGUUCGCCACACUCAAACGUUUAUGGUGCUUCUUUUUUUGGCUAUAUCGUACGUGCAGAGAGUAGACUUUUAUGUAGCUGAAGUUGCAAUGAUCGAUGCAAACAAAGCGAAUCCUUAUUUCGAAGAGUUCGAUUGGGACGAAACCGUGUUAUCCUUGUUACUAAGUAGUUUCUACUGGGGAUACUUCGUUCUGCAAAUACCCGGUGGUAUUUUAGCCGAACGAUAUGGACCCAAGUUGGUCAUGAGUGCUUCAAUGAUGGCAUGUUCGUUGGUAGGAUUAUUGAUGCCAGUAGGCACAUUAAUCGGUGACUGGAUCGCCUUAUACGUGUUGAAACUUUUGCAAGGAGUUUUCCAAGGUACUUUUAUUCCUGCCGUUUAUGUCUACAUUUUUAUAAUUACGCAUUUAUUUUUUAAUCAUUACGUGGACGUUGAAUCGCAUGUGUAUGGAAAGAAUGCUAUUUUUUUGCCAUCAGGAAUGCAACUUGGUGUUGUCGUCGGGAUGCCUGUAUCUGGUAUUUUAUGCGCUAGUUUUCUGGGUUGGCCAUCGGCGUUCUUUUUUUCCAGCUGUAUUGGAUUUAUUUGGGUAGUCGUGUGGGUUAUCGUGGCCGCCAAUAGUCCAUCUGUGCAUCGAAGUAUAUCGCGAGAAGAGAAAUUGUAUAUCGAGGGAUCUUUUGGUUUUGGAGAGAUCACUCUUCGAGGAGCAGAAAAAAUCAUUCCAUGGAGAAGUAUUCUCAAGUCGACUCCAUUUUGGGCUCUGGUUGUAUGCCAUUUUGGCCAGAAUUGGGCAUUUUCGACGCUUAUCACUGAAAUGCCUGCUUAUAUUAAUAAUGUUUUAAAUCUCAAUAUUACGGAUGUGAGUUCUCAGUUUGUAUUGUGUAUUGAAUUGGGAACCUGCUCUAUGCAGAAUGCGUUCUUUUCAGCGAUGACUUAUUUCGUCGGAUGGGUUUUCAUCGUCGUUUUUGGUUUCGUAGGUUCAGCAAUUCAAGAAAAAAAUUGGUUUUCUUUGACUUUUCAGAGGAAGGCUUGGAACAGUGUUUCCGCCCUGGGAGGCACCGUUUGUUUCCUUAUUUUAGGAAUUAGUCGAACUAAAAGUCAAUUGUUGGCGAUAACCUUACUAACAGUCACGGUAACCACGAACAGUGCAGCUUAUAAUGGCGUUUUCUCAAAUCACGCGGAUUUAUCUCCAAAUUACAUCGGCGUUUUAAUGGGUCUUUCAAAUAUGAUAGCUAAUGUGGCUUCUGUAAUGGCACCCAUGUAUGUUGGCUACAUCGUGAGAGAUUCGACAAAUGCCGAUCAAUGGAGUGUGGUAUUUUUAACCUCUGCUGUUGUAUUAUUUGGUAGCAAUGUAAUUUUUGUAUUAUUCGGUACUUCUGAAAUACAGCCUUGGAAUACACCUAGUGAUUUACAUUUGCAGCUUGAGAAAGUGGAUGCUGCUGCUCUUUCAUUUCGACGUCAGAAAAAGAAAAGUCAAACAUACGUUGUUGCAAGUACCUAUUAUAGUGGAGUUUUAGAUCAAGAUAAUGAAAUUUAUUCUCCAAAACAAAGUGGAAUUACUCAUCGUAACAGUAUUUGAAUUUUUAUUUUGAUGUCGAAAUUCUGUUUCUUUUGAUGUGUUGAGCAUAUGAGUAUGUAUUAUUAUUUGCAAUUGUAACAUUACUUGGCAAUCGGUGUAAUGAUUCAUAAAUUCAACUGAUUCAAUAAUAACGAAAUAACCUACUGUAGUUGUGAUAACCUGCAGAUAAAUAAGAGAAUACAUUAUUUAUUUUUUUAUAAAUAUGUGUGAUGAUUCAUUUUUCUUUAAAUUCUGAAGUGGUGAAAAAAUCAUGAUGAAAUUAUCACAUUCGGGUUCUAGAAAAAACCCAGGUUGAGUCUUCGAAUAACCCAAUUUGGUAGAUUAGAAAAUAUACCAGUUAUUAAAUUAUUGUUGUAGCUGUUCAAUCAGGUAAAAUCAACUUCAUUAAAAAAUGAACUGAAAAAAUGUACUUCGAACGUCAAGUGAAGACUUUUCU